ACGUGCGGAGGAACACGGGAGAGGAUCCGAUUCACGCCUCUCCCUCUUUGCGCUUCGCGUCUGCACACUUGCAACACUUCCCAGCCUGUGAGCAGUUUGUGAGUGCAAGUAGCUUUUGCCUUUUGAUGGGACAGCACCAAAGUUGAUUAGUAACAGGUGGGGCUUAAGCUGGACUAGUCGAGCGGCGCUGAUGUGAGAUUUGGAGUUAGGUUCCGAGAUUCGCGGAGACAUGUCUGCCGCUCAAGGACUUCUCAACAGCGUCUUCUCCUGCUCCUCUCCUGCCUCCAAAGCCAUAACCAAACGGAGGCUACGCCAAACCCGGAGCCUGGACCCUGCCAUCAUAAGGCAUUGCGGCACCGGGACGGAGGGAGCAAGUAGCGCGUCGGUUGCGCUCGGACCGGCGGCGUUUGCGGCGGCGGACACAGGUGCUUCCCCGGAGCGCUUGGCUGUGAAACCCGCUUUGCGCACCAAGAUCCCGACACCAAAAGAGCCAAUAACGGCGUCUCUUUCUUCUCCCUCCAUACCAUUGGAUGUCUCCCCAUCCUCCAACUUCCACUUUGACUAUGACACAGUGAAGCGUGCCAAAAGGAAUACCGCCGGGGAUUUACCGUUUCUGGUGAGGGGCUCCGGGGCCACGCCGUCCGGGAGCACCGGCACGCUUUUCUCGCCGCGGAGGUGGCUGCAGAGGAAAGUCCAGCAGGCCAGCUCUCACGCCUACGUCGUGUGGAAGUCUGAGGGUGAUUUCACCUGGAGCAGCCUGUCGGGCCGGAGUGUGCGUCUGACGCCAGUUGCCAUCCAGAGUCUGUCGGAGCUGGAGAGAGCCAGGCUGCAGGACGUGGCCUACACCCGUUUACACCAGGACUACGACCUAGGAUGUCAAAUAACCUUGCCAAAAGAUGGACAGAAGAGGAAAAAGUCACUGAGGAGGAAGCUGGACUCCUUAGCGAAAGAGAAGAACAAAGACAAAGAAUGUGUACCCCAUGCGUUCAGCAUACCCCUGUCCCAGGUCAUUGCUAAUGAUAGAACGCACAGGCAGCGUCAGGACGGCUAUCGGCAGGACCCUCCGCAGCGCGAGGAGCACAAGGACCCUUCUGACCUUGUUUCGUCCAUUUUACAGUUUGCCACCAAGCGGCCGUCCAAUAAGGAGCUCUCCAGCAGCAACUCCUCACUGAGCUCCACAUCAGAGACGGCCAAUGAGUCAACAUCACCCAAUACACCUGAGGCUGCGCCACGGGCACGCAGGAGGGGAGGCAUGUCGGUGGACUCCAUCACGGACCUGGACGACAACCAGUCCCGCCUGCUGGAGGCGCUGCAGCUCUCCCUUCCCGCCGAGACACCCAGUAAAAAGGAGAAGCACCGGGACAAAAGGCUGAGUCUCAACCCCAUCUACCGGCAGGUGCCCCGCGUGGUGGACAGCUGCUGUCAGCACCUGGAGAAAUACGGUCUGCAGACUGUGGGGAUCUUUAGGGUAGGAAGCUCCAAGAAGAGAGUCCGACAGCUACGGGAGGAGUUUGAUCGCGGGGUCGAUGUCCAGCUGGACGAGGAGCACAGCGUCCAUGACGUGGCUGCCCUGCUGAAGGAGUUCCUGCGGGACAUGCCUGACCCGCUCCUCACCAAGGAGCUGUACACUCCCUUCAUCAACAGCAUGCUGCUGGACCCAGAUGAGCAGCAGAGUGUGAUCCAGCUACUCAUCUACCUGCUCCCAGCAUGCAACAGUGACACUCUCCAUCGCCUCUUGGAGUUCCUGUCCACCGUGGCUGACCACGCCCACGACCGGCAAGACAAAGACAAACAGGAGAUAACGGGGAACAAGAUGACGUCUCUGAACUUGGCCACCAUCUUCGGCCCCAACCUGCUCCACAAGCAGAAGAGCUCGGACAAGGAGUUCAGCGUCCAGAGCUCGGCCCGGGCUGAGGAGAGCACCGCCGUCAUCGCGGUGCUGCAGAAGAUGAUUGCCAGCUACCAUACCCUCUUUAUGGUUCCUCCUGAUUUGCAGAAUGAGGUCUUGAUGAGUCUUUUGGAGACUGAUCCAGAUGUGGUAGACUAUCUGCUGAGGAGAAAAGCAUCACAGAGUCCAGACCUGGUGCAGACGGACGAGCCCUUCACCCUGAGCGAGCGCCGGUCCUCCAGCGACUCCAACAAGGUGUCCAGCGGCGAGGUCUCGCCUUACGACAACAACUCCCCCGUCAUGAGUGAGCGCAGAGGAGAGUCGGGGAGCCCCGGGAGUGACCAGCUCUUCCGGGUCCCAGAACAAUACACCCUGGGGGGGCAGGUGUCUGGCAGGACCAAGGAGCCUGGAGCCAACACCUGGGCUGCCAAAGACACCAUAUCAGAGGAGCAUGCUAACAUUUGGGGGGCGUGGCACACUACUCUGAAACCUGCGCUCAAGGACCAAUCAUACACAGGUUCCCAUGGGAACAUGUCAGAGGAAAGCCCCCGCAGCUCACAGGAGGGUCUCGACAGUCUCCACGGUGACGGCAAACAGCCCCCAAUGUUACAACGGACUCAGACUCUGCCUGGCGUCGUCGAGUGCCGACCCCACCCUCCUGUCACCAGGGUGUGUUCCAGCCCUCGUGGAGAGGCGGGGCGACCGCGCCUACAGCUCAACCUCAGCCCCUCCGUGACAUCACACCACAACAGCCUAUCAGGCGGCACGGAGAGCCCCCCGCAAGGAAGUGCACUCACAGCUAAUGCAAAACCUAGACCCCAUGGAGGACUCGCGGACAUUGGUGACAGUGGCACCGCCGCGUUUAACGAUAGCCGCUAUCCUCCGCCUUACAGAGCCCAACAUCGACUAGCUAGUUCUCAAACUUCACCUCAAACUGCAACGGCUCAACGUCCCCCUCUGCAGCCUGGGAGGCCAACGGCAACACAGAGUAACUCUGCCUCAACAACAGAGGCUCAAAUGGUACCACUGAGCCCAGAGUGGCAGGACUGGCAGAGGGACCGGUGGCAGAUCUGGCAACUUCUGUCCUCGGACAAUGCGGACGCCCUCCCUGAGACGCUGGUGUGAGCUCAGACCAUGAACUCCAGAAAUUCUCCCAUUUAAAGAGAAUCUGCUCUGCUAGCCAAGCAAUGGCACUAUCAAAACGCAUGCUACAACCCCCUUUGUCCUUUGACAAUCACUUACGAUCCUUACCGCCUUCGUUCAUCAAUCUCUCCCUCAGUUCUUUCCACAUUUCUGCGCCUUCCCAUCUGCUUUUACCUCUUUCUGCCAUCAGUCCAACUAUAUGUUCAUCUCUUGAUCUAUUUUUGGUCAUCCUUAAAUCCACCCACCCAUCCAUUGCUUACUUUCUUUCACCAUUACUGUCCGUCCUUUUCCUGCAUCUUGGCGCCAUGGCGUUCGUUUACAUUCGCAGCUGCUGCCUUACAGAGACUUACAUUCAAGAGCCACUAGUAUUUCUUGUUUCCUUUGGAACAACAGUUGAUGUUCAAAAAUCGCUGCUGUUCCUCGCCCUUAUUUGUUUUGUCCACCGUAAUGUCAUGAGUUGGGAGCAUAAAAAAUGACCCACAAGAAAUACCUCAAAAGUCACGUCGGAACUAUCUGCUCAUGACUCUGAAUGUUACCAUGACAAUACUUUCUUUUUGAGUGAGUUUAAUCUUUGUUUCUCAACGACAGAGAUGUAACAGAUAAUAGGAAAGAACAAAAAGUUUGUUUCUUCACUUGGAUGUUUUGUCUGACCUUUUCAUUUCAUAGUUUUUUUUUUUUAUUACUAGUUCAUUGUUUUAUUUUCACCGUCCUGACGCUAAGUUGUACGCAUUAGUAAUUGCUGCUAAAGUAGAAUUUUUAUGUGCGUACUGGUAACGUAGCUCAGCCACCACCGUGUGUGAAGAUCAAAUGUGUAGUUACAUUCAAGGUCACAAAAUGUUUUAACGUGAAGACCAUUUGUAUAUGUACAAAUAUACAUGUAAAUUUAAAUGUAAAGUAUAUUCUUUGUCAUUCUACCUAAAGGUAAGUCAGCCCUUUAACAGGCAGUCUAAAUGUUGGUGUUUAUGUCAGACUGCUGUUUUUCUUGUUUUUCUUUUUUUGUAAUAUUGAAUGUAAAAUGCUUCUAUCCUGUUAAAACGCUUAGACUUAACUAUAAAGCACUAGGCUAUAAGUUUGCUUUUAUGUGCAACCUGCACUGCCAAAUCAUGUGCCAAAGUCUCGUCUUGGACUUCAGGAUAUGUACCUUACAGUUGUGUCUCUCUAUUUGAUUUAGCUGUUGAUGUCAAAGAAACCUCAAGAGCUUGGGUGACAUGUCAACAUUUCAGCAUAGGAGUACAGGACUAAUAAUCGCAUAUACCUGAUUCAAAAAAAAAAAAAAAAAAAAAAAAAAAAAAAUUACUGAGACAAACUGCCCACAUGGUUCUCUAGAAAUUAAGAUCAAUCAGGAUUAAGACUCAGUAAGUCAAUUAAUAAAUAUUGUCAAGGAACUUUCACUGAUCAAGUAAUUUUACUUUUUCAAAGAAGCGUGUGCAUGUAAAUAUGUCGAUGUUAUAAAGGUUUGUAUGAGCCCCGUGUCUGAUUUAAGAUAUGUGAAUGUCAGACAUAUGCCAAAUAAUAUUUUCAAAUAAUUCCUAGCCUUCAUUGUUGUUGUUGUUGUUGUUGUUGUUGUUAUUUUAACCCUUUUGGAUGGUCGGAUACAAGGGAUUUGCUGCAUUUUGUGUGGCAAACUCCAUCUAUCUGCUACACAAAGACGAUCAAAUGAACCCUGAGUAUUAUUUGGAAAUCUGACCCAAGUUGUGUGUAUGUCGAAUCAGUGCACAAUCGACAAUUCGGGGCUUUUUUGCAUGUUCCACAUUCAAGUUCAGACAGGAAACUUUAUCAAAUUUGGUCAAGACGCCUUUUUAUCAAUGAAACUCCAAAUCCGUGACUGCUGACCAAGGAUCUUACCAAUGCCAAUAUCAAAUAUCAAACAAGAGGUAGGAAGUGAAGUAAGGGUCAUCUGGUCAUAGGUUCUCAGAUAUUGUAGUCAUGUGGGUAUUUGCAGGCAAAUAUUUCACGUUUUCUCACGUUUUGGUAUGAUAUUUGCUCUAAUUUUAAGGCAACAUUCAAUCUCAUAUAUGUUUUUUACACCAUUUAUUGUGUGCCCUUUGACUUGUUUGUCACUUGGAUGUGACUUUGAGGAGACAAUGGAACAGAGCAACCACAAGAAUGUUGGCUUGGAGAGCUUGUGGCAAGGCUAUGGCGCCAUCUAUUGUCAGACCUUUUACAUCAGCACAGCACCGUUGCAUACAUGUCAGUCAGUCUUCAAUGGUUAAAAAAACAACAGUUUAUUAAACAGAGGAUCCAACUGUGUUUGAAUUAGAGUUAAUGCUUACAGUAGUUUGUGAUUAUAAGCACCUUUUUCUGUAUAUCUGUAAGUGUAGAAUUCAAUGUGCCACAGGCCUUGCCCUUAAAAAAAUAUUUUCCAUACAUCGCUCAAAUUCAUGUGUCAAUAUUAGUUCAUAUUUUGUGAACAUUUUUGUAUUACUUCCUUGUUUAAGUAUUGUAAUAUAUAAAGACAAUGUAACAGCUUUUUUUUUUUUUUUUUUUUUUUUUUUUUUUUAAAUUCAUAUUACUUGUAAGGCCCAAGAUAUUUUUCUGCAAAUCAUCUUGGCUCUAAGAUCAUCUUUGUCUUGUUGACUUUGAAACUAAGAUUGGCUUAGUGCUGUGGUGUUUUUUUUUUGUUUUGUUUUUGUUUUUGUUUUUGUUUGGUGGGGUUAAUUGGGUCCAAGUUGUUGGAAUGUCUGGUAACUGCUUUUGUACUGCGUGUUGUCUUCAAUAUGCUACGAUGGAAUUAAACAUGAUAAAGUUUA